ACAAGUACCAAAAUGUUGAUGAUGGAGGGGUAUGCAUGUAAUUUUCUGCCAAUUCUAAAACCACUGGAUCCACUGCACUCACUACUGCUGCUUGGGACCUUUCUGUCAGAUGGCCUAUUUCUUCCAUCUUAGUUCUAGUAAAAGCUAUCCACAGGGAUGGAAGGAGGAGAAGAAUUGCCAGCUUGCAGAGUCAGUGUGCACGUUAUGCAAGCAUCUGAUGUUUCACCAAACAUGUCCUCCUCGAUCAUGGAGUUCGAUGGCAAUGAAUGAAUGAAUGUUGAUUUUGCAGCUUAUGAUUGUUCUUAGUUGAGAUACGAUAUGAGAAGCUGAUGCUGUGAUAGUUCUCGGCAUGGUGGAUGCCAAUGGAGAAUGGGGACAAGAGCCAUGGAGACAGUACAGUUGGCUGCUAUAAUAUUUUGCUCAGUCUCACGUUGCUGCAGCAGCAGGUUUCAGAGAGAUUCUUCCUCCUCCCUUGAGAGCCUCCUCCGUCACCUGCUUUCCUACUGUGAGAAAGGUUGCCAUUUCCAAGGUGGUAUCAUUCCUUCUUUCCACUCCUCCACUGGAUCUAUCUCUUCACUUCCAUUCCCUUGGCCCGUUUCCCGGAACUCACACCCAUGCCUCCUUUGUCAUCUCCGGCUCGAACGGAUCUUUAGAUCUUGCUCUGUGGCUGUGACUUGGGAUGUGGUAUGCUAAGCUGCACUCGAUUUUGAGCUGCAGUUGCGGGUACAAGUAGAAUGAGCUCGUUCUCUUAGCUUACUUGUGAGCGGAUCUGAGCUACCAUGGUUUCCGUUCCUUGAUGUGAAGAUUUGGUUGAAGGGAUCGGAUAGUGUUCGAUGUGCCGUCCAUCGCACUGGUUUCUGAGACAAUGAGGCCUAUGGAUAAGCCCUGCGCCAACGCAUACAGCUUUGAGUUCCACGAUGGCGCCGUCGCCAACAACGCUCUUCACCGCCGGAAGGUGUUGGGGUCGCGCAGCAAGCCGACCCCUUCGAAGUGGGACGAUGCCCAGAAGUGGCUGGUGGGGCUGUCAGGCAGCGGAGAUCACAAACAUGCGGUGAGCAAGCCGAGGAACUCGAACGCCGACGACAGAAGGCUGCUCUCGUCCUUGUCCCAGCGAGGAAGGGACUCCUGCAGCAGCGCUGACGGAACCUUGGAGUACGACAUAGUGCUCGCGGUCACUGCUCAGGAAGACGAAGGGGAAACGAAGAAGAUAGACUGCAGUGAGGCGCUCUGGCGGACGAACAAGCCGAUCGAGGACUCGUCCAUGGUGGUCAGAUCGGUGUGUCUGAGGGACGCAGGCACGGAGAUGACGCCCAUAGCGAGCAAAGAGCCAUCGAGGACCGGCACGCCACUGCGAGCGACGACUCCGGUGUCGAAGAGUCCGAUCUCUUCGAGGUCGUCCACCCCGGAAAGAUGCCGGCGGCACGACGGCUAUCAAGCAGGGAUGAGGAGUGCGGAGAGGAGAAGCGAGGCGGUGCCUUUUGGCUGGCCUUAUGGAGGGGAAGCAGAGGUCGACGGUGGCAAGUUCUCUGAGAUCAAUGGCUCAGAGCAAGGUAGGAGUUCGAGCUCGCUGGAGUCCCGAGCCAUGGCAUGGGAUGAGGCAGAACGCGCAAAGUACAUGGCCAGAUAUAAGCGUGAAGAGGUGAAGAUACAAGCAUGGGAAAAUCAUGAGAAAAGAAAAGCUGAAAUGGUGAUGAGGAGAAUGGAGGUUAAGGCAGAAAGAAUCAAAUCACGAGCUCAAGAAAAAUAUGCAAACAAGUUGGCGGCAGCACGAAGAAUGGCUGAGGAGAAGCGUGCCAGUGCGGAGGUCAAACUGAAUGAGCGUGCCGCAAUGACUUCUGAAAGAGCAGAUUACAUUAGGAGGACAGGGCACUUGCCAUCCUCAAUUUUCUCCUUCAAGUUGCCUUCUCUUUGCAAUUGAGGGCCAUCGGAUGUAUUGUAGGAGCCGGUGCUUUAGGUGUUACUGCAUUACUUCUACUCUUGCACUGACUGUAUCAACUGAUGUUCAUCAUAAUUUCUAUUUCUUAAGAGAAAUGCAUUCCAUAUGUAUCUUCUUUUUGCUCUCAACCUUA